GCUUACCAAUCGGGCCGAACAAUUGGGCUUACUAUUUGGGCCUACCAAUCGGCCCACCAACUUCCAGCUCGGCUACGGUAUGAAAUUGUACAUACCGUAUAUACGUAUGCAUACCGUACAGACCGUAUAUACGUAUGCAUACCGUACAGACUGUAUAUACGUAUGCAUACCGUACAGACCGUAUAUACGUAUGCAUACCGUACAUACCGUAUAUACGUCCGUAUAUCAAGCAUAUACGAGAUCCAAAAAUAUUUGUAAGAGGUAAGGUUCGAACUCCCGACCUCGAACACGAAGGUUUUGCUCCCAACCACUGAAGCAAGAGCUGCCUUCAUUAAUAUAUGCUCACGUGUUAUAUUUAUUAUGUCAUAAGCGACAUAAAUAAAAUAACGGGAGAGGCAAGGUUCGAAACCUCAACCUGCUGCACGAAACCUUUGUCUCCAACCACUGGAGCACAAGCUGUGCUUAAUAUAAUGUGUACAAAUGUUAUACUUAUUAUGUCAUAAGCGAACAUAAUAAAAAUAAACGAGAGGCAAGGUUCGAACCUCUGACCUCUUGUACAAGAGCCUUGCUCUUCAACCACUAGAGCACCAGCUGCUCUCGUUACUAUCCAUGCAACUCCUUUUAUUUAUUCUAUCAUAAGCGAUAGAAUAAAAACAAACUGUCGGUACACUCCACGUGUCACGACACGUCUCUUCCGUGAUUUACGGAAGUCAAAUUUACUUUCGGCUAAAGCUGUCUGCCACAGCGCCUCGAGAUUCUCUCAGUCCCCUCACACGCUCUCCACGCGCCAACAGCUUUUCCGUGUUUUCAGGCGACUUUAAUCCAACGCGUAGAAUGAAUCUCAGAGACCGUCCAUCCAACGGUGGAGAUCUGCUCACCUUGUUCUAUAAAUAGGUGCAUCCUGGAGAAAAACUGUUCACACCAAAGAAAAGAAAUUUUCCCCAGCCAUUCUCUCUCAAACUCUUCAGCCUUCCUCUCGAAACUCAAAUCCUUUCUUCAUCAAUUUCAAUCCUUCUCUUCUGAUCUUCUCUCCCAUCUAGUUGAUUCAAUCCCAUCUUUCCUCUGAACUUUCAGAUCUCCAUCCCACCAUCAUCAUCCUUAAUCCCUUUAACAACAACUCCUUCAAACACUCGACAACUUUACUCUUCGAUCUUCACAUCCCCUCAACCCAUCACCAUGGAAUCACGAACUCUGCAACUGAUGGAGCUACAAACCCAGCAACAAAUCGAGGAUGGAGGAAACAACCAAGCAGCCGGGAGUAGUGCCAACACAGAUUUCUGGCGAAGCCGUGCCAGGUGGGUUCCUACUCCAGAUCAAAUAAGGAUCCUCAAGGAUCUUUACUACGACAAGGGAAUUAAGUGCCCAACUACAGAGCACAUUCACGAGAUCUGUCUCCGGCUGAACCAGUAUGGACAUGUUGAGGGCAAGAACAUUUAUUUUUGGUUCCAGAAUGUCAGGGCUCGAGAGAAGCAGAUGAAGAGGUGCAAUCAGGCUGCUCAAGUGCCCAUGGGAACUAGUUCUCCUGGUACUGGUGGAUCCAUUGAUCUCAAUUUUGGGUCCACUGGUUCUACUGGUGCUGGUGGAUCCAUCGACAUCAAUUUUGGGCCAGCUGGUGGAUCCAUUGACAUCAAUUUUGGGUCCACUAGUUCUACUGAUGAUGGUAGAUCCAUUAAUCUCAACUUUGGUUCCACCGAUUCUACUGGAGGACAACCAUCCCUGCAACAACGAGGAGGAGAUCACCAGGAGGUUGAAACUCUUCAUCUGUUCCCCGUGCACGGCGAGGACGUCUUUGGUAACCCGAAGACUACUUCCGAGGAAGGUAGCGCAUUUGGUUACUAUUCUGGUGGCUCAGGCGGUUACAACAGUGGCUCUAACGUUUCUCUUGAGCUCAGCCUCAAUCCAUCCGGAGCUGCUGACUAGGCUUAGCAUAGCAUAGUCCUCGUUUUCCUUUUUGUAAUAUAAAAUCAAUAAGAUUGCAUGCAUGUCGUUUCUUCUUUUUGUUUAACCAACAACAACACUAAGGAUCGAACCUUGGUCACCCAAUACUAUUUUCAAAACCAUAAACAACUCUACUGCACACAUCUUUCAUAAUGAUGCAAUAAAAACAAUCACUCAAAAAGAAUCCAACAAUCAAUUAAGUCGCAUCGAGGUCUAGCUAGUAUCCUCUGAGUCAAACCAAACACAAACAAUUUCAUCGAUAGGAUUAGGGAUUUAUAAAGCUAAACACAUCCUGAGUUAGCUAGGAAAAACCCACGUCUUUAGAGUUACUCUUACAACUCUUAUAGAAUCUCGAUAAUUCCAUCUAUCAAUUGCUUCAACAAAAACUCACCACAAUUCAAUCCCUAACAUUUAGCGAUUCAGAAAUCGAAUCAAACUCCAUAUCACAUAGUAAUUCACUUGAACCACUAUGGAUACCUAACAAAGUCACUAAAAUCAAUAUCCGAAAUUGCGUUUAACUAUAUCACCUAAAAUCAAUCACCAAAGGCACACACUCUCAUCCAACAUCAUUCACAAGAACUGAUUCUAACUCUCCCAAUUAAUUACACCAAAAUCAACUCCAUUGCAAAACUUUAAGUGUCUCGCCUACUUAAACUUAAAACACACAACAACUUCAAAUUCACUGCAGUCCAUCUCCAUACUACGAUCCAAAACUUAAGAAAACUAGUUCACCACACAAAGGCCACAAAAUUCAAUUUCAUUCACUUGAAUAAAACUAUAUUCACAAGUCACGGUCAGGUCAUCAACCCAUGGUGUUCAAAUGAAUAAAUUUCAAAUCCAGUUUUCCUUGUGAAUCGUAACGUAUCGUUCCAAAAUGAUGCAAGCAACAUCAACCACGUAUAUAAGACACAUCUCGCGAACUCAAUUCAAAUUCUGAAUCACCAAAACUACUACUAAUUCCAA